CGUGUUUUCUGUCGGUCUGGGAAUGUAUUUUGUGUUUGCUUUUGAUGUGUUCCUGCUGGGCAUUACUCUAAAAAGCCGGCUGUGUUAUUUUUAGGCUCAGAAGUGGCCCAUACAGGGCAAGGUGGAUUGCCUAAACCAGGAAGUGACACGGAAGAACUUUUUUGGUUCGUGUAGCAAAGCCUUAGAUUUGGAUUGUGCUUGGAUGGUCAUUCAGAAGUAAAAUCUUGCUCUUCCCUCUGCAGCCUGAGACAGUGUCUAAAAUCUCGGGAAAGAUAAGCUGCUGUGCUGGUGACCUAUUGGAAAUACGGAUUGAUCCACACCUCUUCCUGGAGUGACUGGAUCGUCCCUGCUUUGUCGUGCGGGGAAAAAAGGAGACAGCAGCAGAACAGCAAUUGUGAGGAUGCUCGGAUUCCACUGACCAGCCCAUUCUUUAGCUCAGGGGAGCAAGAUGGAAAAGGAGAAGUGGUGUAAAGUAAUUGGCCAGGAGGCACCGGCCGUGUCCAAGUCUCUUCUCUAAAGAGCGGUUGCGGAUGUUGAGGAAGCCACAAGGGAGAUGCGUGAAUAAACCAAAAUGGAAGGAGGGAAUGGCCCAGAUCUGCAGCUCCAGCAGCUUCCACUCGCAACAGCUGCCGUAUCUGUACUGCCCCAUGAGGAUCCCUAUUCUUACAAGGAAAACUUGAUUGGUGCAUUACUGGCUAUAUUUGGUCAUCUAGUUAUCAGUAUUGCACUCAACCUCCAGAAGUAUAGCCACAUCCGGCUGGCAGGUUCCAGAGACCCCCGGGCCUAUUUCAGGACCAAGACAUGGUGGUGUGGUCUGUUUUUUCUGCUGCUGGGAGAACUGGGGGUGUUUUCAUCCUAUGCCUUUGCACCUCUUUCACUGAUUGUGCCACUCAGUGCAGUGUCUGUUAUAGCUAGCGCAAUCAUAGGAAUUAUAUUCAUUAAAGAAAAGUGGAAACCCAAAGACUUUUUGAGACGCUAUGUUUUGUCCUUCGUAGGCUGUGGUUUGGCGGUUGUUGGAACUUACCUGCUGAUAACAUUUGGACCCAACAGUCAUGAGAUGAUGACAGGAGACAAUAUAACUAAGCAUUUAGUCAGCUGGCCAUUUCUUUUAUAUAUGCUUGUGGAAAUCAUACUGUUCUGCCUGCUGCUAUAUUUUUACAAGAGGAAAAAUGCUAACUACAUAGUAGUUAUUCUUCUGCUGGUAGCAUUGCUGGGGUCUAUGACUGUAGUGACCGUGAAGGCUAUAGCAGGCAUGAUUGUUGUCUCAAUACAAGGAAGCCUCCAGCUCGGCUACCCUAUAUUCUAUAUCAUGUUGGUAUGCAUGGUUGCAACAGCGGUAUUUCAAGCAAGGUUUUUAACUCAAGCCUCGCAGCUGUAUGACUCAUCUCAGAUUGCCAGCAUAGGAUACAUCCUGUCCACAGCAACAGCGAUUACAGCAGGAGCAACCUUCUACUUGGACUUCACUGGUGAAGAUGUUCUCCAUAUGUGCAUGUUUGCACUAGGGUGCCUCAUUGCAUUUUUAGGUGUCUUCUUAAUCACAAGAAACAAGAAGAAAUCCAUACCAUUUGAACCCUACAUCUCCAUGGAUGCUAUGCCAGGCAUGCAGAAUAUGCACGACAAAGGAAUUGCAGUUCAGCCUGACCUCAAAGCUUCCUUUUCCUAUGGUGCCCUGGAGAACAAUGAUAGCAUGGCAGAGAUCUACACUCCAGCCACACUGCCAAUAGUGCAGGAGGAGCAUGGUUCCAAAGGAGUUUCUGCACUGCCCUACCGUGUGCUGGAGCACAGUAAAAAGGAGUGAGUGCUCUUUAAGAAGCUGACUUAGGGCAACAAGAGUGUGGUCUUUAUUUAUUUAUCGCUUUGGUUUUUAGAUCCAUUAAAAUAUAAGUGAGUGUGUUAAAGCUGAACUCCGUAUGGUUUAAAACUAGUCUCAAACUUAACUUUCAAGACGGAUUAUUUGAAUAAAGGACUCUGUAUAGUUGUGAACUUGGAAGCAUUUGUCCUAAGCUAGCAGUAAAUCAUAGCCACCUUAAAAGGACUAACUUCGAACGUGCAAUGACAGGCAGUAUUGUGGCUCUCUGAUAUUGACCAGACAGCUGGCACUGUGAAGAUGUGUGAAGCUAUGUGAAGUACAGUGACUGUCGCUUUUCAGCUCGGCCAGCAGUAGGCACAACACAAACUGAAGUCAACAGGAUUGAAGGGAAAAAUUUUGGUUUCUCAUGUAUCCAUUAUGAAGGAGUUCCAGAAAGUUGGACCAUGAUGUGUUGGUUACCUCAUGAACACUUCUUUAACAUGGCAUUAAAAUGUCACUGAACUAAAGCAAAAGAAGGUUGUGUGUUAGGAAUGGUAUAAAACAGUAGAAUAAGGAAGUAAAUGAUCUGAUCCACCUUCCUCCUCCCUCCCCAGACCAUAAACGUGUUGCAUUUCUCAAUAACCGCUACUCUAUGUCUAGUGUUGCGUGAGAUGUGCAUGUUAAAUGUUUUGUGUUUUUUUUGGUAGCACCAUUGUGUUAGAUUGCACAUCAAUUUAGGACACAGAUGAUGGUCACCAGUUUUGAUUUCAGAGAAUUUGCCAAGGACUGGAUUAGAUGGUGCAGAAAUUGACACAGUGAAGUGCAAGAAAUUAAAAUGGCAUUGUAGUUGUUCAGACUUUAGAUUUACCAACUUCUUAGAGUUCUUGUAAGGUCUAAAUUCAAUUUUGUUUCAUGAACAAAAGAUUCAGACUGAGAUUUUUCAAAGCUGCCUUAAAGAUUUGGAUGCUCAAUGGUGUCCAAAUCCCUUUGGCAGAUUCAAAAAUCUCAGCCUCCGUGUUGUGAGGUUUACUUUUCUUCAAAAGUAAAAAGGCAGCAGCCCAUUACUUAUGAGCUACCUAACAAGAAUAAAUGAACAUGCAUGGAUCACCACUUGUGAGCAGGAUAACAAUAACACAGCAGUGUGCAUUCAUUCAUGAUAAAGGGAAAAAUAUAUUUAACUUUCUAUCUUCCAAAGGGUGGUUAGAAGUAGGUAGGGAGGAAUUCUGUCAGAUUAAAGGGACAUGGUCAAAAUAUUUGUUUUUAAGAGUAUAUUGCUUACGGCUGCAUGUAAAUUACAUCUGCUUUUCAGGCAGUUGCACUUUAACUUUUUUUUUUUUUUGGUCCCCUUUCUAAAUAUAUCUGUCUUGCUAAAGAAUGGAAUUUUAAGUCCGCUCAGUGCAUUUCAGCCUAUCUUCAUAGCAGUGUGGCUGAACAAACAAGCAGAAGCUGCUUUGAAGUCAAUAGCAAUUGCUUUCUGUGCACUGCACAAGGUUACUCCUACACAAACUGGGUUGAGAGGACCUAGGAUUUGCAAAAGCGGGUUUGUGUAUUUAUAUACAGUGGGCCAGAUUCUGCUCUCACGAGCAAAAAAUCUACAAGAAUUCCAUUGAUUUGGGUGAAAUAUAUCAUAAAUGAGAACAGAAUUUGGUCCUUCUGCAUACACUGUUUGCUUUGUUGGCUAUAAAUACUACUUACACCUGCAAAUACUUGCCACUGCUUUGGUACUUUUUGAGCGGCUCGAAAAAAAUUGUAUAAAGGACCUCCUAAAGGGUGGAUAGCCACUGUCUAUAUUUUUACUUUACACAGAGCUGCUUCACUAGCUUGGCACAUCUGACAAUUCAGAGCUUAUCAUUGGCAUCCUGUACAUUUGAGCUUAUGAAACCUAGAGAAAUGUCUGGUUUUUGUUUGUUUGUUUUGUGCUUUUCAUGCUUAAGUUAAUGGACUAGUAUUGCCAGAACAUUAAACUUACUGAAUUUCCCCAUGACGUUGAUUUAAUACCAUUGGCUUUCAAUCCCCAGUAGUCGACUAUUUGUGAAUGUACGUGGGGCUUUUGUUCAUUUAAAAAUACAAAGCAGAAUGGUAAAUGGGAAGGUGUGUGGGGGGAGGCAAGAAUGCUCGCUUCUCAUAUCUCUUCCCUUUUAAUCACUGAGGCAGUAGGCGUUUUGACAUUGUGGCUAUUAAACCACAGAAACAUAUUACUUCAGUACAGAUCAGCACUAAACCACAAAUGCAUGCAAAUUCAAUGUUUAACAUUCUAAAACUCUCUCUAUCCUGGAGCCCUCUGCAGUAAAUGACAUAAACUAGUGUCUGAUUUAAUGGGCUUGAUCCUACUAUAAUAGUGUAACUUAGCCACCAGUAGACUUCAGUGUUUGGGUUAGUGCUCCUGCCAUAGGCUACAUACAGCCCUUUGUGUUACUCAAAUGUAGUCUUCAUAGCUGCUUCUGGCGUUUCUUAGUGGUAUUUAAAAAGAAAUAAAAAAUUGCAGCUGAGCAAUACACAAAAUUCCUGGAGAGUAAAUAUUUAGGCUCUUUAAUACAUGGUUGUCUUUAUCACUGAUAUCCUGAAAGAGAUUCUCUACUGUCUCUCUAAGAGACACAGCACAGAACUCUAAGCCCAAGAGAAAAGGGGUCUGGUGACUGUCACCUUUUGUACUGUCCCCAGGCAUAAAAAUAAUAGAUAACAGCCUUCUACAGAUCUCCACAGUGCUGCACCCACGCCCCUGACACACCCCUCUUAGCACAGCAUGUGGCUGUCUUCUGCGGAUCCUGCACUGGGGAAAUCCAUCCCUGGCCAGGUCCUGGGGGCUUCUAGAUUUUUACAUAGCUCUGACCCUUCUACUGGGUAUAAAGAGUCCACACAGUCUCUUGCCCUAAAGAUUUAAGCAGUUCAGCCUCAUUUCAAGGGUUAAUGGGCCAUUUUUAGAUGUUCAUAGCAUUUGCUUUCAAUAAAACUCGCUUUUAAAACUUUCUAACACAUGGCUGUAGUGAAGGUGUGAUGUGUAUUGUGUGUGUAUAUGAUCUAUAUAAAAAUAAUCGCUUGGGCUGCUCCAGUGUGCCAUGUUAAGGCAGCAUUGGGUGAUCUCAGUAUGCAGAUUUGUGACCAAACACACUAACAUAGGAGCAGCACCUUCACCAGUGUAAUUUUUGUUUGUAUUGUUGGUCCUGCUGCAACUCAUGACAUGGCCACUAGAUUGUACUUCACGAGUACUUGCUGCAUGUGUUCAAUGCUUUAUAUUUAAAAUGGCUUCAUAAAUCACCUCCCUUGUGUUAUUCCUCAGUUCUGUGUUGCAGCCACCAUCCCUGUUAACCAAGUAGAAGUGCAUGGCCCUCCCUCAGAAGCCACAUGCAUCUCUGCAGAAACCCUGCCCUCCGUUUAAGCAGUCUUCCAGCCCUAGCAGUUACAGGGCACAAUUAGGUAUCAAACCAAACUUCCCCCACCCACUUAGCACACUAGAUCAUGCUCACAAGGGCAGGUCUUGUGGAUUGGUUUUAAUCUUAAUUUAUACUCUCUUUACAAAAUACUCUUAGGGCUGAGAUGCCACGGAUUAUAAUUCAGGUUGCAGCAAAUAUUUGCUACUAAACUGACCAUUUGAAUUUAAAAGGAGUACAUCUCCACCUCACUUUCACCUUCCACACAUCCCAACCCUCCUUGCAACGUCUAAAAUAGUCUAUUUAUUCUAGAAUAGUUUAAGCAGUAUAUUUUUGUCUGAGCGUCAGUUUAUUCAGGGCUUGGCCCUGAGAUGUAGAGAGCACUUUCAAAACCCAUUGACUAUACCCAUUGAUGCACAACUUCUCAGAAUCAAGCCCUUAAAAUGUGCACAGAAACCAGUGGACUGCUCCCUCUCUUACUAAAAUGGUGGUGUGUGGGAAUACUGCUACUGUAAUCAUCCCUUAACUCCUUCCUUUACUCUUAGAAUUAAAAACUGCUUUACAGAAUGUGAGACAGAUGCUUAUUGUCUCCGCAAUGGAAACGGUGUGGCUUUUCAAUGUACCAGGCGCUUAAAUAUAUUCUAAAUGUCUCUCUCACUUGUAACUUUAUACUGUGGAAUACAGAUGUUGGCAGAUAUACAAAUUGAUUUGCCUGUGAAGUUUUGUUCACAUUAAAACAUGUAAAUAAAGAGCUUUACAUUAUGAACUAUAAUAACUUAA